AUGUCUUCUAAGGAAGAGGCACCUAAGAAGGCCACAUCCACGACCGCAUCAUUGGUUCCAGUCCAACCGACAGCAAUCAGCUCUAAAGAUAAAGAUACCAAGAGAUUAGUCGUGGUUUUAUCUCAGGCAUGUUUAGAAACACAUAAAAUGAAUUCCGGCGGUGGCCCAGGAGGUGACAAGUAUGCCCUCUUGAACUGUGAUGACCAUCAAGGGUUAUUGAGAAAAAUGGGUAGAGAUAUCGCUGAGGCAAGACCAGAUAUCACUCACCAAUGUCUUUUAACUUUAUUAGACUCUCCAAUUAAUAAAGCUGGUAAGCUUCAAGUGUAUAUUCAAACUGCAAGAGGAGUCUUGAUAGAAGUCAACCCAAGUGUAAGAAUCCCAAGAACUUUUAAGAGAUUUUCAGGUCUUAUGGUUCAACUUUUACAUAAGUUAAGCAUUAGAUCAGUGAAUUCUGAAGAAAAAUUAUUGAAAGUUAUCAAAAAUCCAAUCACCGAUCAUUUACCAACAAAAUGUAGAAAGAUCACCCUUUCAUUCGAUGCCGAAGUAAGAAGAGUACAGGAUUAUGUUUCCACUUUGGAUGACGAUGAAAGCAUAUGUGUGUUUGUCGGUGCUAUGGCCAGAGGUAAAGACAACUUCGCAGAUGAGUACGUUGACGAAAAAAUUGGACUUUCCGACUACCCAUUGUCUGCUUCCGUUGCAUGUUCCAAGUUCUGUCACGGAUGUGAGGAUGUUUGGGGUAUUUUUUAA